AUGGAAAACACAAAGAAUGAAGCCCUCGCCCUCCUCUGGGCUUACGAGCUCAACCGAGAGAACAAGCAAUUGUUCAAGGGACUCAAGAAAGUGAAUCGAUGUCUCGAUGCCUCUCGUCCAACCACCUCACCCAGCUGUGCCAACGGUUCACGUCAAAACAACGGGAAAGUGAACCAACAGACAAAGACGCAAAAUAGAACACAGUCAUCACAGGAGUUGUCUUACGAUCUUCAGCUGCAGGAGGAGGUCACAAUGAUUGGAGAUCACGUCGGAGAUGACCCGAUGCGGGGAUUGAGGGGGAAAUGGCUCAGAUCCAACUUCGCCCUUCUCCGUGGAAGUUUUGAUUGA